UCAGUUUACGAGAUUUGCCACUACAAGGUAGAAUUGAGCAACUUGAAAGUAGUACGACACCACAACUGGACCUUAGAAUUACAACGCUUGAAAGCAAUGUCACAACACAACUGGAGGAUCGAAUCAUGCAACUUGAAAUUAGUACGACACCACAACUAGAAAGUAGAAUCGUACAACUUGAAAACAGAACACCACAACUGGGUCGUAGAAUCAGGCAACUUGAAAGUAGUACUACACCACAACUGGAACGUAGAAUCACGACGCUUGAAAGUAAUACUGCACCACAAAUGGAACGUAGGAUCACGACGCUUGAAAAUAAUACUGCCCCACAACAGGAACGUAGGAUCAGGCAACUGGAAAGUAGUACUACACCACAACUAGAACGUAGAAUCACGACGCUUGAAAGUAGUAUUACACAACAACUGGAACGUAGAAUCAAACAACUUGAAAGUAUUACUACACCACAACUGGAACGUAGAAUCAGGCAACUUGAAAGUAGGACUACAGCACAGCUGGCACGUAUAAUCAGGCAACUUGAAAAUACUACUGCAACACAACUGGCACGUAGAAUCAAACAACUUGAAAGUAGUACUACACCACGUCUGGAACGUAGAAUCAGGCAACUUGAAAGUAGUACUACACCACGACUGGCACGUAAAAUCACGGAAAUUGAAAGUAGUACACAACAACUCCAACGUGAAAUGAGACAAAUUCGAG